UAUGUUUCUGAGCCCAGAAGUUUACGUUCGUGCUGCAAGUAGUACCGUUCCUUGUUUCCACAGAAAGGGCAAUGCAUAUUCAAGUGGAUCGUCCGGCAACUCUGCUGAAGCCACUCUUCGUACCUCAGAAGCUACUGAUGGGUCCUGGACCGUCCAACUGUCCACCGAGGGUACUUCACGCCAUGAGCUUACCGGUGCUGGGCCACCUGCAUCCUGAGUGUUGCUCGAUCAUGGACGAAGUGAAAGCAGGGAUACAGUAUGCUUUCCAGACCAAGAAUGCUCUCACUCUGGCUGUUAGUACAUCUGGACAUGGGGGAAUGGAAGCAUCCAUGUCUAACCUUAUUGAAUCAGGAAAUACUGUCCUUAUAGCUGUCCAUGGCAUCUGGGGCCAAAGAGCUGCUAACAUGGCCCAGCGAUAUGGAGCUGAUGUUAGAACAAUAAACAUACCAGCUGGUGAAUACUUCUGCAUGAAGGCCAUCGAGGCAGGAUUAUCACAACACAGGCCUGUUCUGUUUUUCAUAACACAGGGGGAGUCAUCAACUGGCGUCCAUCAGCCGAUAGAACAACUGGGCCUACUGUGUCACAAGUAUAACUGUUUGCUGGUUGUGGAUGCUGUGGCUUCUCUUGGUGGAGUACCUGUCUACAUGGAUGAAUGGGAGAUUGACGUCCUUUACACAGGAUCACAGAAAGUUCUUGGGGCUCCUCCAGGACUAGCUCCCAUAUCCUUCAGUCCUCGAGCAAUAGCUAAAAUUGAAUCUCGUACAAUCCCUGUGCCAGUGUUCUAUUGGGAUAUGAAGAUUCUUGGUGACUACUGGGCCUGCUUCGGAAAGCCUAGAGUGUACCAUCACACAAUUCCAGUCAGUCUUUUGUAUGGCUUACGAGAAGCUCUAGCUAUUUUUGUUGAGGAGGGAAUAAACAAAUGUAUUGCUCGUCAUCAAAUGUGUGCUAAAAGACUACAUAAUGGUUUGGAGAAACUUGGAUUAGAAUUCUUUGUAGAGAAGGAAGAAGCAAGGCUGCCUACUGUAACAACAAUUAAAGUGCCAAGGGGCCUUGACUGGAGAGUUAUCCAAAAAUAUGCUAUGAAAACAUAUUGCCUGGAGAUUUCUGGAGGUCUAGGUCCCACUGUGGGCAAAGUAAUACGUAUUGGAUUAAUGGGCUACAAUGCAACACUUGAGAAGGUGGAUCUGACACUGAAGGUGCUGCAGGAGGCACUCCUGCAUGCCAGGAGACCACACACCAACCUGUGAUUUAUAUAACAUACAUGAGUUCCAACAUAUAUAGUGACUGUGCCAAGAGUGAUCACAACAAAAGUGUAUCUAUUACUUUGUUACAUUUAUUCACAUAUAACAACUUCAGAAUCACUACACGGAUUUUCAUCACUUUUGAUAUAUGGGAAUUUUACUAAACUUUGUUAUGUACAGUCCAAUUUUGGUUAAAAUGGGACAACAGUAACAGUUUAUAUGAAGACCUACACUACGUAUCAUUCACUCAUGGAGCCGAUCGCUUCUUGAGAAGUCACCAGUUGUGCAGCUACUCAAAAACAUCCCAGCGUUUUA